CUGCAAUACUGUUGCAAUACUGAUGAAUCAACAUGAAUCAAGAUAAGAACCGUAAGCACCUGUUAAGUUAAUUAAAGAUAGAAGCUGCAUAGUGAAUGGGGAUUGAGAGGAGCUCUGAAUGAAUCGAAGAUAAGCUUUUGGACAUUUUUUUGUCGGUUGAAAACAUUGAAAACGUCAUAUCAUGAGGCACAAUUCUGAGGCUACUAGUAAGAACUUAUAGUAUUUUUUGUCCGUUAACGUUCUUACAUGUCCAACAAAAGCUCUUAUAUUGACUUGACGUACUACAAUGACCAAAAUGCGAAGGAUGUUGGAACAAUGACAUCAUUCAAUGCUGGCCCCGUGCACAGCGCUGUUCGGCGUAUGACGGAGCUUAUAGACUUGGAGAACUUGGAGGGGUAUUUUGAUGAAUAUUUACUCGAGACGACUUCAACACAAAGCCAUGAUGAAGACGGUUUUGAUACCUUGCCUCUGGACAAGGAUUGUUCUUUACCAGAUAUGGCAACGCCGCCUCCUCCUCGACGAAUAACCAUUGAGUCGUACACGAAAAUCUGCAUCCAACGAUCCAAUGACAAGUCGAAUGAAAAGCACCAGAGUCCAUCGAAGAACAAAUCUGAAGAUAGCAAAAAAGUUCGAAGAGAGAAAAACGACUCCAUCGACUUGACCGACGUGAAACGGAAGCAAUUAAGAGCCAGUACAACGUCCAAGGUGUCACACCUCGAGAAGAAUGCUUGGAGGGAUUAUGGAAGAAGCGAGAAGAAGGAUCAUUACAAUAGAGACAACAGGACCAAGUGGUCUUGGGUCUUGAAGUUUUUUUGUGGUGUAAAUCAGGAAUUCAAAUGGUACAGUUUGAAAGGAAAAGGCAUGUGUCUUAUUUUACCGAUGGCAAUCUUCUACAUCGUCCUCUGUGUUGUUCUUCUUCCAUUCAUAUUUGCCGCUGCAGCUGUGGCAGCAUUGGUAUUGGGCGCAGGUCUGUGUUCUUAUCUCUCAUUGGCCACUAAGAAAGUAGGCGUGUCCUCUGAUGACGACAGUGACAAGUCUUGUUUGGAAGCCAUUUGGUGGUGGGCUUAAUGAUCUACCAGCUAGCCAAUCACCGGCUAGAGACAAUUACACUUGUCAAUCUCAUUGGCCACAAAGAAAGUGGGCGUGUCAUCUGAAGACGACAGGAACAAGUCUUGUUUGUAAGAUAUUUGGUGCCAGCCAAUCACCGACUAUAGACAAUUACACUUGUCUAUCUCAAUGACCACAAAGAAAGUAGGCGUGUCGUAUGACGACAACGAAAAGCUUCGCUUGGAAGCUAUUUGGUGGUGGGUUUAAUGAUCUACCAUCAAACCACCGACAAUAGAAGUGUAUCAAUCAAAUGAGAAAGAAAUUGAGAAUAAACUCAAUAUACACUGAAAUA